GUUUUCUAUUAUGUACUAUACUUCUAUUAUGUAUUACACUAUAUAUUUAUGGAAAUGUAAAUUAUAAUACAUUAAUCUGCAAAACUAAAUUCAUGUGAGUACAAUUAGUUAAAAUGUAUCCCUUACAUUAAAUGAUAUAAUAAAGUUACUUUGUAAUUGCUUUUUCACCAACUUGUAUAUUAUAUCAAAUGUAAAAUUCUGUUAUUUAAAUAUUUAAUGUUUAAAACCAAAUAUUUAAAAAGCUGUUGCAGAAUGAUUUCUUAAUAUCUUACUCACAAUAAAUAAAAUUUACAUUAACUAAGAAGAAAACGUCGCAAAAACAUAAUACAAUCUUAUUUUUCAAAUACUAAUUUAUUUCCUAUCUAGAAAUACCGUAUAUCGCAAUGUAUAUAUAUAUGGCUAAUAGGUAGAGUUCUAUUAGGUAGACAUUGUACUACAUAGCGAAACUGAUAUCGAUCGUAUCGACAAAAAUAAGAACUACAAUAAAAUUCUAACUAGCAAUACUUGCCCUCUUAUGUAUUAUUACAUAAGUUUCUCGAGAAGCAUUGUUCGCGGAGGGUAACUAGAAGUUAAUAUGUGUAACGCACUCCCUUGCAAAUUGAUCGUCUCAUAGUUUUGAGAAUUUCUUUCGCAUGCGCUAUAUAUGCAUUUUGAUGAGUAGGAGGUAACUUUGCUUUGUGAAAAUGGGAAACUCAUCAGUCUCUAGAUGACACUCAUCAUGGAUACUUCGAGGAGUUCGAGAUAUCGAGAUUUCGAAUGGGCGGUGAAGCUAAAUCGUUUUAGUUUAAAACUAAUCGGACUGUGGCCUAUGACUGAGGACCAUAUUCCAGAAAAUAUAAUAUAUAAAUGUCGGCCUUUGAUUAUUAUUUUAAUAAUAACAUUCGGCAUUCUGAUACCUUCGAUACAUUCCUUGAUAAGAAUCCGUUCGAAUAUCAUGCUAUUGAUAGAUAACUUGCAAUAUACUCUGCCGAUUAUCACCUGUACCAUUAGAGUCGUAGUUUUCUGGUGGAAGAAAAAAGCUGUUACAUCGGUGUUAAAUAUGGUAGCAGAGGACUGGCUAAAGGUAAAAAGCACGCAGGAGCGCAGUACGAUGAUCGGAAAGGCACAAACUGCGCGUAUAAUUAUCACAUGCGCAUAUGGCGCAAUGAUGAUAGCGUUUAUUUUCACCGCCGUCUUACCCAUCUUCGGAAUUUCGACAAGAUAUCUGACGAAUACCAGCGACCCGUUGCUACCAUUGCAGACGUAUCAUUUCUAUGACGUGACAAAGAGUCCGCAAUACGAAUUCACGUUCAUUCUACAAAUUAUCAGUAUGUUUUUUGGUGUUAUGUCUUAUACUGGCAUCGAUAAUUUGCUUGGACUACUAGUGUUCCAUAUCAGCGGCCAAUUCGACAUUCUCAGGAAUCGUAUUAUGCACAUGAAUGAUUAUAUUGAUUUCCAUGAUAUUUUAAGGAGCAGUGUGAUAGAUCAUAUACGCCUACUGAGAGCCAUUGCUAUUAUAGAAGACACAUUUAAUAUAAUACUUCUUGCAUUAUUUAUAUACUUUGGUAUACUUUUUGCCUGUUAUGGAUUUCUGAUAAUUAACUUAAUAGAAAAAGAAAAUGAUAUAUCAGUUACCCGUUUUAUAUAUCAAGUAUGCAUCCUGAUCAACACAUUUGGUCAUAUGUGUGUCUAUUGUGCAGUAGGAGAGAUUUUAAUAGCACAAUGCGAACAAAUUCACUAUACAGUGUACAAGUACAAAUGGUACACUCUAGAUCCAAGAAACAUAAAAGGCUUACUCUUCUUGAUGGUAAGGAGCAGUAAACCGAUUUAUCUCACCGCUGGGAAAAUAUUUCCCAUGACAAUGUCUACGUUUUGCAGUCUAAUAAAAACUUCGGCCAGUUACAUAUCCGUCUUGCUUACAACGAAAACCUAAUCGAAAAUGAUUGUUCCCGAUAUAUUAAUGCUGAUAACUUAAUUAUGUAAUCAGCAAUUGAAGAAUUACAUAGUUAAAUAAUAAUUUACGGAAUUUUUUUAUAAAUAGUUAAAUUAGUUACUUAUAAUAGUUCAUUAUAUCUUGCAAAUAAAUAGUUAGUAAUAUUAAUGCAAAUUUAAUAAAUUGCAUAUAAUCUAUA